AUGAAUGCAAACAUAGCAAUGAAAUUUGUGUUUGUUGGAAACACUGGGGCGGGGAAGACUAGCCUUAUUCUAUAUUAUUUAUUACAUGUAUUUCCUUUGGAAUAUAUUCCAUCUGUUAUUAAAAAUGUAAUUAUAGAAACAUCUCAAAACAAUGCUCCAAUAUUAAUCGAUUUAUGUGAAGCACCAUGUUCAAGAAGUGAUGACAGUAUUAAACGGUCAGUAUAUUACGAUAAGGCAACUUGUUUUUUAAUUUGCUUUUCUCUUAUCAACCUUGACCACUUCCAUUCAGUUCAAAAUGUGUGGGUGCCAGAAAUUAGAAAAAGUGAUCCACAUACUCCUAUCAUCCUUGUGGGUACUAAAACGGACAUGAAGUAUAUUAAUCAAUAUAAAGACAUUGAUUAUAUAUCCACAAAAGACGUAUUGAAUUUUGCAAAACAAAUAGAAGCUUGUAAUUACUUUGAGAUAUCAACUCUCAAUUAUCUGAACGUUGAUUCCCUCUUUAAUGCAGCUAAGAACAACAGUUUCAAAUUUUUAAGUGAAGAAAGAAGACGAAGAAAAGAGUCAACAAACAACACACAGAAAUAA